GUUCCCGACUCGCAAACAUGAUCAUGCUCGUUCACGAUGUUACCGAAUGAUGGCAGAGAGAAAUUUAUCACUACUCGAGCAAGCACUCGCGAAUGCACUGGAUAAAAGACGUCAACAAUCGACGAUAAGAAAAUUGACUAUCAACUCGCCGCGUUCGGUGGACUUCUCAUCCAAUGACUUCCUCUCAUUGGCAUCCUCACCACAGCUGAGGACUAGAUUUCUACAAGAACUGCAUUUAGAACCCGCCCUGGCCAACAUUGGCAGUGGAGGCUCGAGACUUCUUGAUGGGAAUUCGAAAUACACCGAGCGACUAGAACACGACAUUGCUUCCUUUCACCGAGCUGCAACUGGGUUACUAUGCAAUUCGGGGUUCGAUGCAAAUGUCGGUUUAUUCUCAUGUCUUCCUCAGCCGGGAGAUGUCAUCGUACACGAUGAAUUGAUACACGCAAGCGUGCACGAGGGCAUGAGACUGUCACGAGCUACAGUACAGGUCAGCUUUGCCCACAACGACAUCGGAUCAUUGAGAAGUGUACUGGAGUCACGUAUCAACGGGGACGUUCUCAUCCAGCAGGGCCGUCGGAAUGUUUUUGUUGCAGUGGAAGCCGUAUACAGCAUGGAUGGCGACAUAGCAGACUUGAAAGCUAUCGUCGACAUCGUGAGGGAUCUGUUACCGCUGGGUAAUGGUCAUAUUGUCGUCGACGAGGCACAUUCGACCGGCAUAUUUGGGGAGAAGGGCAGAGGUCUUGUCUGCCAGCUUGGUCUUGAGGACGAUAUCACAGUACGGCUUCACACGUUCGGCAAAGCGAUGGCGUGUAACGGUGCCAUAUUGCUCUGCAAUGCGUUGAUCAGAGAAUAUCUAAUCAACUACGCUCGGCCGAUGAUAUACACGACGUUUAUGGCUUAUCCUGCGCAGGCGGCUGUGAGGGCAUCGUAUUCGUUCCUGAUGGAGGGCAAGACUGUCUCGUUAAUGCGUGAUCUGCAAGUGCUGAUCGAAGCACUCCAUGUGCGGCUGCUGGAAAUGCAAGAGUCACUGCAGCUUCCCCAGGGCCAAGAGCGACUCAUACAAUGUCCCUCGCGAUGCCCAAAGACGCCAAUCUUCGCCGUGCUUUCUUCGGACCCGAAAGCGCUCGCGGAACACUGCCAGCGACGUGGAUUCGUAGUUCGAAGCAUAAUGCCACCGACGGUACCGGCAGGAUCAGAGCGAGUCCGUGUCUGUUUGCAUGCCGGCAACACGAUUGACCAGAUAGACAGAUUGGUGGCCACUAUGCGUUCCUGGGCAAUCAGUCGAGUGGGCACAAUGAGCACACAUAUUAGACGUGGAGCCAGGCUAUGAUCGACCAAACCUCGGAGCUGUACGUUCCUUGUAAUAAAUAUUGCAUGUACCACGGAUUGUGUGCAUGAGAAAUGAAACAUUUUCUAU